AUGGCUUCUGCAAAUAUGAACUUCACAGACAGAGCAAGCAAGGCCCUAGCCGACGCCUUAGCUAUAGCACAGACUAACGACCAUCCACAACUAUUACCCUUACAUCUCGCUUCUAGUCUUCUCGAUCCGACCCCAGAUGAAUCCAAGGACCAGCAAACAUCUAAUAACUCACGAGGUACAGCAUCACAAUCUCUCUUCCGACAAAUAAUUGAACGCGCACAUGGUGAUGUCCAGGCGUUUCAGCGUGCGUUGAAUAAAGCAAUCGUCCGGCUACCUAGCCAAACACCACCCCCGGAUCAGGUUUCUGCGUCUCCAGCUUUCACUAAACUACUUCGAGGGGCUCAUGAGCGUCAGAAGACACAGAAAGAUUCUUUUAUAGCUGUUGAUCAUUUAAUAUUGGCAUUAGUCGAAGACUCAACCGUACAGCAAGCUUUGAAAGACGGAAAUAUAGUUAGUACAAAAGUAAUACAAGAUGCUGUCCAACAGAUCAGAGGUACAAAGAGGGUCGACUCUACAACAGCCGAUUCUGAAGAAGAUUUCGAGAAUCUAAAAAAAUUCACAAUUGAUAUGACGGCCAUGGCUCGAGAAGGAAAGAUCGACCCUGUCAUAGGCCGAGACGGAGAAAUAAGACGAGUUAUCCGAAUUUUAUCCAGAAGAACUAAAAAUAAUCCAGUACUUAUUGGCGAGCCUGGAGUAGGGAAGACUACAGUUGUGGAGGGUUUAGCUCAACGAAUUGUUAACAAUGACGUCCCAGACAAUCUCGCUGCUUGUAAAUUGCUCUCUUUGGACGUUGGAUCUCUAGUAGCUGGUAGCAAGUACAGGGGAGAGUUUGAAGAGAGGAUGAAAGGGCUUUUGAAAGAGAUAGAGGAUUCUAAAGAAUUUAUUGUUCUUUUUGUUGACGAAAUGCACCUUUUGAUGGGAGCAGGAUCAAGUGGAGAAGGUGGUAUGGACGCAGCCAAUCUUCUGAAACCAAUGCUAGCAAGAGGUCAACUUCACUGUAUUGGAGCAACGACUUUAGCAGAAUACCGGAAAUACAUCGAGAAAGAUGCGGCAUUUGAGCGGAGAUUUCAACAAGUAAUGGUAAAGGAACCAUCUGUUGCCGAGACGGUGUCUAUCCUGCGAGGACUUAAAGAUAAAUACGAAGUAUACCACGGUAUAACAAUUUCCGAUGGCGCCAUUGUCGCCGCGGCCACUCUAGCAGCCCGAUAUCUCACACAGCGUCGAUUGCCUGAUUCUGCAGUUGAUUUGAUUGACGAAGCGGCCGCAGCUGUUAGAACUGAGCGGGAAUCACUUCCAGAAGCACUUGACAAACUUAAUAGAACACUACAACAACUUAAUAUUGAAAUACAUGCAUUGAGUCGAGAAAAAGACGAUGCAUCCAAAGCAAGACUACAACAAGCUAGGCAGGAUGCGAGUAAUGUUGAGGAAGAACUUAGACCUCUAAAGGAAAAAUAUGAUCAAGAAAGGGCCAGGGGUAGAGCUAUUCAGGAAGCAAAGAUAAAGCUUGAACAGCUUAAGGUGAAAAAAGAUGAUGCGACACGACUAGGGGAUGAUGAACGGGCGGCAGAUUUACAAUACUAUGCCAUUCCCGAGCAAGAAAAGUUCAUCAAGUCACUAGAAAAAGAAAAGGCAGCAGCAGAUGCAGCAUUGUCUGCAUCAAACAAUCCUGAUUCUGGCGGCUCACUUAUUACUGAUGUAGUUGGCCCUGAUCAGAUCAAUGAGAUUGUUUCUAGGGCGACGGGUAUUCCAAUCACACGACUAAGAACUACUGAAAAAGAAAAGUUGCUACAAAUGGAAAAAGUUCUUGGCAAAGUUGUAGUUGGUCAGAAAGAGGCCGUGCAAGCUGUUUCCGAUAAAAUCCGUCUACAAAGGUCAGGGCUGAGCAACCCGAACCAACCACCUAGUUUCCUCUUCUGUGGUCCAUCUGGAACUGGUAAAACACUACUCACCAAGGCUUUGGCUGAAUUUCUCUUCGAUGACCCUAAAUCGAUGAUACGUCUUGACAUGUCAGAAUACCAGGAACGACACACGGUCAGUCGUAUGAUUGGCGCACCUCCUGGUUAUGUUGGACACGAUGCCGGUGGUCAACUUACUGAAGCACUGCGCCGCAAGCCAUUCUCCAUAUUACUGUUUGACGAAGUUGAAAAGGCUGCUAAAGAAGUUUUGACAAUUCUUCUUCAGCUUAUGGAUGAUGGUCGUAUCACAGAUGGGCAAGGUCGGGUCAUUGAUGCCCGCAAUUGCAUUGUUAUAAUGACGUCAAAUAUUGGAGCUGAAUUUUUACAACGACCAACUACCAAAAGUGGGAAGAUAGACGAUACCACCAAGAGUUUGGUAAAGUCAGCUUUGGAAAACUACUUUCUUCCUGAAUUCCUCAAUAGAAUUAGUGCAACUAUCAUCUUCAACCGGCUUUCAAAGGGCGAAAUCCGUAAGAUUGUUGAAGUGCGAUUGGAAGAAAUCCAGAAGCGCAUGGAUCUCAACGGCCGAACAGUUAAGAUUGAAUGUGAGCCGGAAGUCAAGGAGUGGCUAGGAGCUGCUGGUUAUAGCCCUAAUUACGGUGCAAGACCGCUAUCGAGACUCAUUGAAAGUGAAGUCCUUAAUAAGCUUGCCGUAAUGCUCCUCCGCGGCAGUAUUCUAGACGGUGAGACGGCUCGCGUAACUUUAGAUAAGGGAGCUAUCAAGAUACUACCGAAUCAUGAGUGUCUGGGAGAUAGUGCUACUGAGGAAGAAAUGGAAAUCGAUGAUUUGGAAGAGACUGACGAGAGUCAGGCUAUGGAACUUUACGAUUAA